AUGGAGAAGAUGGCAAUGAAGAUGCUGAUUGUGUUUGCUCUUGGAAUGAACUACUGGUCUUGUGCAGGUUUCCCCGUGUACGACUACGACCAGUCCUCCUUGACAGAAGCCCUCAGCGCCUCUGUGGCGAAAGUGAAUUCCCGGUCCUUGAGUCCAUAUCUGUUUCGGGCGUUCAGAAGCUCAAUGAAAAGAGUCAACGUCCUGGAUGAGGACAGCUUGAGCAUGGAUAUAGAGUUCAGCAUUCGAGAGACGACGUGCAGGAGGGAUUCUGGAGAAGAUCCUGCUACCUGUGACUUCCAAAGGGGCUACUAUGUGCCGGCAGCCAUUUGCAGAAGCACCGUGCGGGUGGCUGCCCAGGAGGUGCAGGACGUGUGGGUUCGCUGCCGCUGGUCCUCCAGCUCCGAGUCUAGCAGCAGCGAAGAGAUGAUUUUUGGGGACAUAUUGGGGCCCUCUAGAUGGAGAAACAAUUAUCGACUUGGUCUCAUUCCUGACAAAUACAGAAAUGAACAAUUUUAUGAACGUCUAUACCUUCCCUUUCUAUCUUUAGAUAUCAUGAGAAAGAUCUUUCCUCCUGGAAAUAGAAGGUACCGAAUCAAUGGGACAGAGUAA